AUGGCCGAAUUUUAUUUUCCAAAUGAUGUGAGGAUGCGUCAGGCUGAACUUCAAGCCCUUCUCGAAGAGGAACUUGGCAUGUCAAUUUUGUCGCCUGUGUUAUUAGCGUCUGAUAUGUACCCAAAUAAGCGAUCGCGUGCUUCUGACGAUCUAUUCAAAUUACUGAGCGAAGUACUGGCACAACUGCAAAGAAUGUCAGCACUGCAGCGUGCAGAAGUCCUUAUGUACUUCUUCAAAGGUAGAGUUAACGUCGAAUGCCUUGUUCCCUACUAUUUGAAACCAUAUAUACCACUAAUUGGUACUCGAACAUGUCAGGGCUUUUAUAUACCUUCUGUGGAGUUGCCAGCCACAGUAGCACCCUUCUUUCCUAGAAGAAUACGCCAAUUCGGCCUUGACUGGCUGAACUUUAAGUAUGAUGCCUCUGUAGCCCUAGAGGCUAUCGCUACCCAAGAAGCCAGAAAUCUCGGUGUUGAACUGCUGUCCAGUGAUGAGAGCUCGAGUGAAAGUGAUGUCAGCACCGAUUCUAAUGACACAUCCGACGAAUCAGAAUCAGAGGCAGAGAAUUGUUGUCCUCUGUUGGCAUGGGCCUAUGGUCCUUGUGUCAAUCCACAGAUGAACAUGAAGGCACAUGAUUGUUCAUAG